AUGUUAUGUUUUACCCGAGGAGCUGAAGCCGAGUCGUUUCCACAUGAAAACAUGAACAAUCCACAUAAAUGGGACUUCCUAGUAAUGAUUUCCAGCAGGAGGGUAUUGGAAUAUGAAAGAAUGUAUGAAGAUAGCGCACUCGAUCCACACAAGAAAAAUUGCCGGGACCUACCUACUAAAUACUUUGAAAAGUUUUCAAGUCUCAAUAUUCUUAAUGGCAAUAGAACGUGA